AUGGAAGAACAACACCUAGCAUCUCUUAGUGAUGAUGAAGGUUCAAGUUUUGAUGAUGAUAAUAGUUCUGACAGUGAUUCAAAUGUUGAAAUUACUUCGACUAUUGAUGAAUGUGAAAAUGAAUUAGUACGUUUAUCGACAUAUCUUCAAUUAGAAUCUGAAUUUGAUAAUGAUGAUGAUCAAAAUUUCGAAUGGCCUGAACCACCUUCAACAUUAAACUCAUCAGAUUCAUCUGAUAUUGAAGAAUUACAUGAUUCUCAACAGAUGUUGUUGUCCACAACACCAUCCAAUAAUGGUGUUAUUCAAGAACAAUAUAUUAAACGUAAACGACGUCAAUGGACAGUAAAAGAAAAACUUGAUGCUAUUACAUUAUUUGAAAAUAAUCAAAGUGGUAAACGAAAACGAUUAGAAGGUGGUGGUAAAAAAAUGGUAUAUAUUGAUCUUGAUCAUCAACUUUUUACUUGGUAUCGAUCACGAAGGACCGACCCGAAAGAUAAAUCUUUAGCUCCAGCUGAUAUUCGAAGAGAAAAAGUAACUUUUAGUCAUUUGGAAAAAGAAGGUCGUCGUAUUGCUAAACAAUUAAAUCAUUCUAUACCAUCAUCAAGUUGGUAUAUUCGAUUUAUGAAACGUCAUGGUUUAUCAUUACAACAACCCAAGAGACAAGAUAAAGUACCAAUUGAUGAAGUUCAUCGUUUAGCUAAUUCUUUUUAUAUGUACAAUCGUCGUGUUAGUUUAUGGUCGAUUAAACGUGGUGCUAUGGGUGCAUUUAUUCCUGAAGAUAUUUGCAAUAUGGAUGAAUCUCCAUUGGCACUUUUUGGUGAUCAAGCUAAAAGGUCUAUUAAUGACAUUGGUACAAAUAAUGAAAUAAAUGGAUACAUAAGUAACAAGAGAUUUUGUACAGUUAUGCUUACUGUUUUUCCAAAAAAUCAACGAAUGCAACCAGUUGUAUUAUUUAAAGGUAAAGGUAAUAUAGGUGUUGAUGAACGUCAAAAAUAUGCUAAAGGUGUACAUGUUAUAUUUACACCAAAAUGUGUUAUUAAUGGACAAUCAAUGAAUAUGUUUUGUAAAAAAUGGUUAGAAAAGGUGAGUGAUGGUCAUCCUAAACUGUUCAUUAUCGAUUCUGCUAAUUCUCAUCUAAAACCUGAAAUAAUUCAAAAUCUACGAAAGAAAAAUGUUGUAGUAUCUAUUAUUCCAAAAGGAUGCACACAAUAUCUGCAGUUACUUGAUACAUCAGUCUUUUCGGUAUUCAAGAAUCAUUAUCAAGGUGCUGCUAAUGAAUAUAUUGAUAAUUAUACUUCACGUAGUAAGAUUAAAUUAACAGCUAAACAAAAAAGAAUUUUAUGCACUCGUUUAAUUUCAACAGCAUGGAUUCGUACUCAAAAAAGUUUUGAUUUUGAACGUGCUUUUCUAGAUAUUGGCUACACAUGGAUUGAUGAAUCUCCUGUUUCUAUUCGAACUUUACCAGGAUUUCUUUUUGAUCCAUCAACAGUAACUAUUUCAACAACUAAUAAUAAUAAUAAUGAAGAAGAAGAAGAUAAUGAAGAUCAAUUGAUAGCAGAAGAAAAAAAAAAGAACUCAUAUUUGUUUAAUAUGAACAACAACAAAAUGAAACAGCUUAAUCUAGAUCAGUUUUUCAAAAGUGAAAUAUAA